CAGAGCUAACCUCAACCUCAAUUGCAGGCUGAGGGCAUUCACUAACCAUCCACUCCUUCCAUCACACCACUCUCAUCCCUUUACCUCACCUGCGUAUCCUUAUACCUUCCUUCCUUCCACCGACCUCCCUGCACCUGUGCGCCAACACACCCCAAUCGUACCUACCUCCCCUAGAAUACAAACACACUACUUCUGUUUGUUCCAGCGGAUACCCACGUUCAUCCCCAUUAUCCCCAUACAAGCAGGCAGCCGCAACCGACUACACAAGCAGAUAUCCAUCACAUGAUACUGCUGAGGCAGGAGCGAUGGCAAACACGAUGACAGAACGCAGUGCGCCUUCACCAUCGCCUUUGUCGGUAGAUGAUGGCCUCUCCAUAGAUGACCGAAAUGCCACGCAGCCUUCAUCCCCCAUAAGAGCCGACCCACGAACCUCUCUACAUCAUGUACUAGACAAUUCAGAAUCACGCCAGAAUACUCCCAACGCAUCGAAACGGACCGCCGAUUUGACUGAAGACGACGAGGCUGGUACACCACGAAACGUCAAGCAGGAGACUCCAUCGGCCACUACAGCCACGGGAGGGAGGAAGAAGAAGGACGCUGCUGCUGGGGGUACCCCAAUGAAUACCUCAAUUUACAGUGGGAAUAAGGUGCGCCAUCUGAAGAAGGAUGAUGGGGAACCAUUAUGGCGAAAGGAUAUACAAUACGAUUUCCUGAAGGCGAUUUUCGAUGACGAUCGAGCCGUUUUCACCAAUACUUAUGAGCCCACCACGAUUGGCAAGCAGACUUUCGCCAAUCUCUAUAUUGAUGCGAUGGCGAGGAGUAGCAAGACGAGUCAGAUUCUGAGGGGUAAGCUUCUGACGGAACAUGAGCCUGCGAAGAACAUGGCAAUGGUCUGCUUGCUUGUCAAUCUGGGCAGAAUGAAUACUACUUUAAAUUGUAAGACGGUCCCCUACGAGAUAUUCAAUUAAGCGGAUGCUGAUCAGAUAGUCUUCCCUGAAAUGCGAGCCCAGCUACGUACAUACCACGCCAUUCCCUCUCUACAAGCGCACCAGGAUCCGAACUCCUAUAAACAGCUUCAAGAUGCGCCUCGAUUAAAAUCAAUUCUCAAAGGCGCCUCCGAAGACCGACCAGAACCCAACUCGUUAGACAAGAUCAAGAGUAAGGAUGUGCCCAGGACGAAUCCCGUCAACCUCAUAUUUGUACUGGCACAGUUCGCGCCGAAAGUAACGGAGCUUCAUUUCCCGCCCCCUCGCGACUUCUACGAUUUGAUAAUGCGAACAAGUCUGUCGAGUAAAUCGAGAGCAGAUGCUUUUCUCUGGUUGAUGUGGUUCUACCUCGAAUCUGAUUUCACGGAGGAAGGCGCUGAAGAAAACCCUUUUGGUGCAGGUGUGGAUUAUGGUGUGGAUGUCAGAAAUCAAGGUGUACCGCAAUUUGUCAUCUUGACGGAGGAGCAAGAAAAGAUGGAGAAUGUUGAUACCCCGGAAGAAGUCGAAUACGGACAGAACAAGAUGCGAGAGAGAAAACGAAUUAUUGAAGCAGAUCAAGCUGCAUUUCAAGCCGAGCAAGGCCCGCCGAAGCGAGGCCCAAAACCGAAACUUCAUCUCCCCCCUGACGAUGGAGGACCAAGUCCCGCUGCAACAUUAUUGGGAAGACGAGCAGGUUUGGGAGCUGACCAUACUGGCAGUCCAAUUAGCCGAAUUCGUCCCAAGUAUGAAUCUGAUCUUGACAGCACUCGUUCUACGCCACCACCUCGAGCUCUUGGUGGUAGACUCGGUGGUCUCACUUCCGGUAGGGGUAGGGCUAGAGGAGGUAUGGCUCAUCAGUUUGUUGAAGGGUCUUCGCCUGUUCCUCAUGGCGAUGGACCAGUUCAUAUCAGACGCUCUCGUCCUCUUACAGCACACCAGUUAGCCGUGGAACGGAAUCGAAACCAGCGAGUUGAUUACAUCCUAAGCAGAGGAUUAAGGAAAAAGCACCAUCAUUCUCGAAAGAUUCGAAAGCAAGAAGGCGCAUUCUUCCGAGCCUUGAGACGGAGCAAAGAAAUCACAGAUCCUUACGAGGAUAGUGAAGGGGAGGAGUCUCUCGCCAAGGAUCCGCUCAUGUUCAGAGAACGUGGAUUUGGUGGUCUCGUCCAACUGAGAAGCGAGGAAGACGAUUUCGGUGAGGAAAUGUCAGCUUAUGCCGCAGCAUUUCGACGAGCUGCACGCCGCUUGGACCGAUGGGAAAGCCAGAAAGAGUUGAACCUGGGAGUCAUGGGCACCAACAGAGUCUUGCAUAACCGAACUUCCAGUGGGCUUGAAGAUGUUCGCGACAAUGACGAGACAGAAGAUGAAGCGCCUCGUGAAUCAACCAAGGAUAGACGCAACGAUCACAAGCAAAGCAUGGACGAAAAUCUUGAUGACUUGGACAAGGAAAUUCUGGCUCUUGGCAGCGAAGCUGGUGGCGAUGAAGAAGACAACGACAUGCUUGACGACCUUGACAAAGCACUGUUAGGAAUCGAUGGAGGAGGAGCGGGUGGGGAUGAGACGGAGUCGGAUCACGAUCACGUUAUGGACGAUGUCGAUGGGGACCAAGAUGAUAGUGGUAUGGAAUCUGAGGCUGAUGUGUCGAGAAUUUCCUGAAAGACUUUAGUUUAAUGCUUGAUGGAGGAGAGGUUGGAGUUGAUAUUGCGGGAGGGGAGGGGUUUUCUGAUCAUCAUGUUGUAUCACUAGGGACUGGUACUGGAGUUGAAAAGGGAUUGAUUGGGUCUUAG